UGGCCCCUGUCCCAGCUUUCCUAGCCUGCCCACCUGGUGGUGUGUGUUCUCUGUUUUUUGGUCUGUGUCUCUCUAACUUCCUUCCUCCUAUGUCUGUGUUCACAGAGCAGUUCCAGGUUGUUGGCCCUCGACAUCCCAUUGUGGCAGUGCUGGGCGAGGAUGCCAUACUGCCCCGCGCCCUAUUCCCAGCCAUGAAUGUAGAGAACAUGGAACUGGGGUGGUUCCGCACCACGCUCUCACAGGCAGUGUUCAUCUACUGGAACCAACAGGAACAGUCUGAGGAGCAGAUGGCUGAGUACAGAGGGCGGACCUCACUGGUGAGGGACUUCCUUUCAGAAGGGCAGGCUUCUGUGCACAUCCACAAGGUCCAGGUUUCUGACAAUGGAAUGUACACCUGCUACUUCAGACAUGGAGGCUUCUAUGAAGAGGCUGAUUUGGAAGUGAAUGUGGCAGGGAUGGGCUCUGACCCCCAAGUGCACAUAGAAGGGCCAGAAGAGGAUGGAGUGCGCGUGGUGUGCAAAGCCUCAGGAUGGUUCCCAAAGCCCCAGGUGCAGUGGAGAGACCUCAGUGGAAACAAGUUCCCAGCACUUUCUGAGGCCCACACCCAAGACAGUGAGGAGCUGUUUAGUGUGGAGGCCACUCUGGUGGUGAGAGACAGUUCUGUGGGGAAUGUGACCUGCUCUGUCCUCAACCCUGUCCUGGGCCAGGAGAAGGCCAUGGCUAUUUACAUCCCAGAGCCCUUCUUCCCUCAGGCUUCUCCCUGGAAGCCAGCAUUUGCUGUGAUCCUGACCAUGCUGGGGCUCCUACUCUUGGGGACUAGCUAUUUUAUCAGAAAAGCACAUUCUAGAAGGAGGCAGGAAAAGGAGCAUCUGCUGCGGCUUAAGGAGGAGGAACAGCAGGCAAAGGAAGAGGCACUGAAGGCCAUUGAUCAGAGAAAAGAAGCUUAUCUGUCUGCCUGGAGGAAGGCCCUCCUGUAUGCAGAUUGGCGGAAGGAACGGUUCCAAGCCUGGCCUGUCACACUGGAUCCAGACUCUGCUCACCACAGGCUUUCUGUUUGUCAUGAAAAGAUGCAUCUGACCUUGAAGGACCCCUGUGUGUACCAUGAUGAAAAAUGCAGUGUGUUGGGUCUUGAGGGCAUCACAUCAGGAAGAUGGUACUGGGAAGUGGAGAUAGAGAAUAAAUUACACAGCAAGUGGACUCUGGGAGUCUGUAGGAAAGAUGUGACGAGAAAAUACAACUACCUCGAAUCAUCACAAAGGGGAUUUUGGGUCAUGGGGAAAGUUAACAAGAGUUAUUUUGCCCUAACUCAUCCUGAGACUUGGUUAUCUUCUAUGCAGAAUCUUUUCAGGGUAGGGGUUUUCCUGGACUACAGUGAAGAGGAGGUCUCCUUCUAUAACAUGAUUGAUGGGUCCCACAUUUUCUCUUUCCCUCCAGCCUCCUUCUCUGGAGCUCUGUUUCCAUACUUCAUGUUUAUGUAUGGAGCUGUGUCCAUGACCAUCUGCUCCAUGGAAAGUGGGUCUGAGGGGCUCCCUGUACCCCUUAACAAUUUUUCUCCUCCGGAGGGAACCCUGAGCACCCCAAUGGAGGGGUUCAGCUCAGGUUGUGGUGUUGAUGGAGCUCCCCCAGAGGCUGAAUCUCUGUUACUUCCCUGACACUCCCAGGUUUUGUCCACGUAGGGUCCCUUGCUGUCUGUGAUCCCUCACUGUGGCUCUUCUGGGGCUAUAGACUCCCUGUGUCAAAAGCCUGUGAUAUGAGACUUGGACUGUACAGUGAGCUUGUCUUCUGCUCUGUGUUAAGACUUCAGAUGUGUGGUUAUGAGAGUUCAGUUCAUAUCUUAUAUUCAGAUAGCAGAAGAUAAAAUUUGGCUCUAUUUUAACUGGUUCAGAGAAUGUUCAAUUUAACUGAGGAGCCCUAUUUUUUGGUAUUAGUAAGUAUUUCAAGCAGCCAUAGCAGCACAUACCUAUAGUCCCAUCUACUGGGAAGGCUAAGGCACGUGGAUCAAUUUAUCCCACAUGUUUGAGACCAGCCUGGCCAACAUAAUGAUACUCUGUUUCCAGAAACAAAACAAAGCAAAAUAAAAAUACAAACAAAGGAGAGAUUACAUUACUGCAC